AUGGCAGUGAAACUACCGUAUGAUAUGGAAGAGGAAAUUCUGUCGAGAGUUCCAUGGAAAACUCUUGCAAAGUUUAGAUGUGUAUGUAAGCUUUGGAACUCUCUUAUUUUGGAAGAGAGACUCAACAAGAAGAACUUGUCGUUUCACAUGCACAGCUACAGCGGUGAGCAUCGGUUUGUAUUCACUGAAAGUGGUCCUAAGAUUUCUGCUGUGGGCAUUGAGGAGCAGAAAAACGUGGUCAAUCCUCCGUCUUUGAUUGUCCAAGACUUUACCCUUAUAAAAGUUCGACCAUAUGAAACAGACCUCCAAGGGUCGAGGUUUGUGAAGUUGCAUCCAAGACAUGGAAGUGUGCCAUUGUCGAUCCUCUCUUUGAGAGGAACUCCUUAUUGUAUAGGUCUUCGAGAAGAUCAUACCGCUUUUGUACAAAGCUAUGAUUUUGCAAGAGAAAGGUUUCAGCCCAUAGAUGACUUGCCAUUCAGAUAUGAUGAGAUGAAUCCUACUGCACUAGAGAUUUAUAAAGGAGAUAGGCUUUCAGUGUUGGAGCAAUGUCACAAAACAAGGAAGAUAUGCAUAUGGGUGAAGCAUUGGCUUAUGCUUACUUCUUGGACCAAAUUGUUGGUCGUGGACAUACCAGAGUUUCCGUUGUUAUAUCCACGUCCCAGUCUCCUUACGACGAAUUAUUAUUUCGACAAAAACGAUAGACUCGUCAUAACUCGUAAGCACAUUGGCAUGAAGGGACUAUCUAUUAUCAGAGUCAUCAACGACAAGGAGUUCCAAAUAAUUGAAGCUAAUGCAUCGGUAACUCGUUUCGCUUUUCUAUGCAGCUACGUUCCUAGCUUUGUUAGGAUUCCGGGGUUUUCAAAGCAGGACACAAGUAGGAUUCGGUGGAGAAAACGUAGAUUCAACUAG